CUAUAUUUGUGAUCUACUAUUCAUCCAUCAAUUACAUCUCAUUCCAAUUACACUAAUUUUUAUUACGGCUCGGUAAAUAUGCCCUUAAUUAAUAAAUUAUUUAAAUUUUACAACCUAAGUUACCAUAACCAUAAGACGAAAAGGAUAGAAGAAAAAAUGAAAGAUUCUCAUCCUUUUUAAAUAGUAAAAAUAUAGAUAACGUUGUUUCGAUUUAGAAGUAGUUCGUGCUAUCAUGUAUUCGGUUCUAGUGUGCUUCCACUAGUAGUCUCUCGUCAGCCCGAGGAAAAAGCCUCAUUUUCUCAACGAAGAAAAAUUGUGUUCACACGUUGGCUAUUACAAAAUGAUUUUAGCUCCAAGACAACCACGUAUCCACCCCAAAUUAAAUCAAUUUAGCCAUUUGCAUCCAAAAUCUCACUUCAAAUACAGUUCAAUGACACAUACAGCUUCUCAUUUGCAUGUCUACCCCAUACGUGGAAGCUCAACCAAAACUCUCAACUCCACCAUUACUACACCUUCGCAAGCUUCAAACCCCACCACAGAGUCCCUCUCUCCACGUUCCCUGCAUGCACCCCACCCCCACUUCAUAUAAAUACAACCACCCCGGCCAACUCUUGAUCUUCACUCAACUCCUUCAACACACACUCCUUUUUCCACAAUGACGAAACUCACAUGUAUCUUUGCCUUCUUGGCGGUGGCUUUGCUGGUUGCGGAUGCCCACCGCACCACCAUCACCACUGUGGAAGUGGACGAAGACAACCAAGGGCGGAUGGAGAGGUGCCGCCAGAUGAGGGCACGUGAGGAGAUCGGCAGCUGCGCGCAGUACUUGUCGCAGCAGAGCAGGUAUUUGCAGAUGCGUGGAAUCGACAACCAAAGGAGGAGAGAAGGGCAAGCCUUUGAAGAGUGCUGCAGCGAGCUGAGGAAUGUAGAUGAGGAGUGCAGGUGCGAACUCCUGGAGGAGAUUGCUAGGGAGGAGCAGAGGAGAGCACGAGGCCAAGGAACGCAGAUGAUGCAAAGAGCUAGAAACUUGCCAUCCAUGUGUGGAAUCCGCCCACAACAAUGCUACUUCUAAGCGCUUAAGCUACCCCACCCACCAAGACAAAUAACAGAAUAAGCAGUACAUCGUCGUGUGCUUUUUGUCCCAUGUUUCAAUAAAUGAACACUUAUGAAUUAUGUCAUCG